ACCAAGGACAGCGUCUGGCUUGGGUUUCGCCUCCGCGUGGCGCCGCGUUCUCAAGAGGCGUCUCGCAUCCCCUCGUGAUGGCGCAGCGAGAGAGGGUGUCUCCUUCCUCUUAAUUUCAAACGGGGCACCCCAAGUCACGCCGGACGCGUCCACGAGACAUCAUCGUCACCAUGGUCAUCAUCGUCACCAUGGUCAUCAUCGUCACCAUGGUAAGGCAUUAACUUUAAUUGAUAAGCUGGGUGGCGCAGCCUGGGCUCAAGGGAAUCAAUCCAGGAGCUGCGACUCUGCCCGCGGUCAACAUGUAUUCUAUUUACGGAAGAAAGCUUUAUCGCUCUCGCCAAUCCUAAGUUUGUCCCGUGAAACAGAUCUCAGGCCACUCCCCGCCGCCAGCCCAAGACCCGCGAGGUUCGGAUUCGCCUCCGACGCUCGGUCAACAAACGGCGCGGAGCUGAGACCGCUCUCAUUUCGAUCCCGCCCGGGCGUGGCGAUCGAGCCAGGGCAGGACAUUCCACAUUCCCAGCCGAGGCUGUGAGACUCAUCCACCCGCCUGGUGGAAGAGGGAAGGCGAGAGAGCGGUUGAGCGAUGGAGGCGGAGGAGGGGGACUCGGAGCAAGCGCCGUGCACCGCGCGCCUCCUCGCGCACCGCGUGCCCCUCGUUCGCGCCCUGGCCGCGGGGCUGCUGCCCCCCGUGCUCGACUCGUUGCUCGGGGCGCGCGCGAUCUCCUGGGAGGACUACGAGCGCGUCCGCUCCCACGCCGUGCGCCACGACCGGGCGCGGCAGCUCCUCGACAUCGCGACGUGUCGCGGGGAGCGCACUGCGCGCGCGCUUUGGGGGCAACUCGAGGAGACGGUGGCCGCGAGGUGGGACUGGCCCGAGGACCCCGACGGACGGGACCCUGGAGUCGAGGGUGGGGCCGGCGACGCGAGCCGGGGUCUGCCUCGCGGACAUCGCGAGCUCACGCUGGAGUUCGAGCCCCGUCCCGCGUUCCCCGCGCAACCCCGAGGUUGCGGGGUUUGCGUCGCGCAGAGCCGCGGAUUUCUGGAGGACGUGCUCGACGGGGAACCCCGGGUGGUGAUCGACGGAGCCGUGCCGCUGGACGGGAGGUCGGAGCCGCGGCGCCUCUCGGCGGCGGAGCGGCGCGAGGCGCUGGCCCGAGUGGCGCAAAAUCCGCGGCGGCGCGGCGAGCUGGCGGCGGUGGUGGGCGCGCACCCGGCGCUGCGGAGCGCUUCUCGCUCCCCGCACCUCUGCGCCCUGCUCUGCCAGCUGUGGAGAGACCCCCGAGUGGGGGAACGCGGUCCUCCCAGCCUCACGAAGGUGUUCGCGCACCUCUUCGGCGCGCUCGGCCUCGGCGGCCGCGGCGGGGACGAGGUGAUGGAGAUGGCGCGGGCCGCGUGGAGCGGGGGGUCGCUGACGGCUUGCGGCCGCUGCGGCUCCGAGGGGGUCCUCACCCCGCUCCCGCCUCCUCUCCGCGGGGUUCUGCGCCAGUUCCUGGUGGCUCUUCACGCGGUGGCGCACGGGGCCCGUGGAGACCUUCAGGCGGUCCUGGAGGCGGCGUUGGAGCGGCCCCUGGGACCGCGCUGGGAGAGAGAGGAGCGCAGGAAUCGGAGCGACGGCAGUAGUAGUAGCAGCAGUAGCAGCAGUAGCAGCAGCAGUAGCAGCAGUAGCAGCAAGCGAAGUAGCAGCAGUUUUAGCGAGAGCGGUGAUGUUCGUGCCAGUGGCAACCUCACGGAGCUGUUCGUGUUUGGGCUGUUCUCGCCCCAACUUCGCCCUUUCCUGCGAGGCGUGGGAUUGGAAAAGCUGGGGAAUGGAGACGUGGGGUGGGGAGAUCUGGGUUGGGGGGACUUGGGAUUGGGAGAACUUGGCAUGCGUGAGACGGGACUUGGAAACAAAGGGGAGGGAGACGCGAAAGUGGACAUCCACGCACGACCUCUGAGCGGCUCUUGCUUUGCGGACGAAGACCUUUGCAGUGACACUGACCCUGCCCCUGAUGAGGAUGCCGAUGAGGAGUACAAGGGUGACGACGAUGAUUCUAGCAGCGAUACUGCUGCCGAGAAAGAUGAAGAUGGCACGGACUGCCGCGGCGGCGUGAUUGCCGCUGCCGAUGAUGUUCACGACGACGACUACGACUAUGACGACGACGACGACGACAGUGACGUGCAAGAGGGGGUCCGGGGGAUGCUGUGGGGGUGGCUGUCCCGUCGCUGGCUGCACGGGGGCUCUCCGGGCGGAGCGGGGGCGGCUGGCGCCGUGUGGGCCGCGCGCUGCGCCAGGGAGCUCGGCUGCCCGCGCCUCACGCGGCGCCUCGUGGCGUCUCUCGGCGGCGGUCUCGACGUGGCAGGGCUGGCGCUGAGCGCGGACGAGUGCUGGGCGCUGUCCGCCGCCGCCCUGCACGCCAGGGAACCCUGCGGCCUCCAGCUCCGCGACUGCCGCGUGGGACCCGGCGGGGCGCAGGCGCUGGCAGCCGGCGUGGCGAUGAUCCACAGCCUCGAGAUGUUUGGGAACGGGAUCCGGGACGAAGGGGCGAGGUGUCUCGCUCGGGCGCUGAGGGGCCAAUCUGCCUUGCGAGUCCUCGACCUGGGCUGGAACUUCAUCACGGACGUGGGCGCCCAGCACCUGGCGGAAGCCCUGGAGAGGAACUCAACACUCGCCUGUCUCAAGCUCUGGAAAAACUGCAUCAAGGACGCGGGUGUGGAGCGCCUGGUCGAUGCCCUGGGCUCGAAUCGCAGCUUGCAGGAGCUGAACCUCUACGGCAAUGACCACGGACCCGCUGGCCGCAGCAAACUCGACGAUCUGGCGGCACGAAGGGCCGAGGUGACCCUCUUCUACUGAGCCGACCCCGGGCCCUCCCAAGGCCACAUCGCGUCCAGCCGAAGACCGAGGAACUCGUGGUCAAUCCACUGCUGGAUGAAGCUCCCCCCCCACCUCGCGUCCCUCCCCCCCGUCCCUCCCUCCCCACUUCGAGCGGGUAGCAAGGGUAAUUUUUACCAUACUUCAGUGCGGGUUUAAAGGCGGUGUACCACGACACGUUACGGCACUGCAUUUUGACAUAGCUUGGCCGCAGCCUAUAGCACCUGCUUCGCACGGCGGUCAGCCAUAUCGCUUUAGUAACCAGGCCCAAGCUUGCUUAGCUUGCGAGAUGCCACGAGCGCUGGCGAUUCGGCCUGGUGCGUUGCAGGAACGUCACCCACGGGUCGGUUUUCGUUCGAUCGCUUUUCUUCCCCCAAACGAACGUUUACUCGAUUUUAACGGCCGCGGCGAUGCUAAACAAAUAACAAGGCGCAGCGUCGGCGGCGUUGUGGGUUUUGGGUGGCGCCGCGGAGAGACGGAGCGGAUUCACGCCCGGAGCCGACCCGCCUCCUGAUCCCGCAACAGCGCUCCAAACGUAAAUCCGUCCGGCGCACAUCCCUCGCGAUUCUUUCCGCCAACUUUUGUUUCCAUUCAACAUGCUCGUCUCUGCCGUAGCAUCUCGUCCGAAGCGUUCCUUCAUUUAUCUCGUCGUGCCACCAAUUGUGUACAGCUGCUGGGCGCACAGCGCAAUCUGCAGCCCCGUUCGCACGACCGCGAAUCUCCUACGAUUCGGUGCAGCGGUGGCUGGGAGAUGUUAACUCCCUCGCCUGGUAUACAGGAGGUCUUGGGUUCGAUCCCGACCCUGACGCCUGC